UCCUAGGCAUGUUUUGAGACCCAGAAGGGGAUGAAAGUAGUUAAUGUGCAACGGGAAUCUUAAUGUCAGCCACAAAUCUGUGUCUUUCUCUUGCCGAUACGCUGGAAGCUAAACGUUAAUGUUGUGAUCAAUUUAAGUCCAGCCUGGGGAGAAGAAGCAGUUAAAGAGAUGUCUCAAGUAUACUCGCCUUCAGCUAAUCAGACUUUGUGUGCAUCUACAGAUGGUACAGAGCUGAAAUCAAUCAUUGAUAACGAAACCACAACUGAAAAAUGGACUGAAGACUCCUUCCCAGGAUUAGAAAUACUGUGCACCAUUUAUAUUACAUACUCAGUGAUCAUUUCCGUGGGGCUCCUUGGAAAUGCAAUACUCAUCAAAGUGUUUUUCAAGAUUAAAUCCAUGCAGACGGUUCCAAACAUCUUCAUCACCAGCCUGGCGUUUGGAGACCUACUGCUUUUAUUGACUUGUGUGCCUAUAGAUGCAACAAGGUACAUCGUGGAUACCUGGCUCUUCGGAAGGAUCGGGUGCAAGCUGCUGUCUUUCAUCCAGCUAACCUCAGUUGGAGUCUCAGUGUUUACCCUGACUGUUCUCAGUGCUGACAGGUACAGAGCCAUCGUUAAGCCCUUGGAACUGCAGACUUCAGAUGCGCUCCUGAAGACCUGCUGUAAAGCGGGCUGCGUGUGGAUCGUCUCCAUGAUAUUUGCUAUCCCAGAGGCUGUUUUCUCAGAUCUCUAUUCUUUCAGCAACCCCGAGAAGAAUGUAACUUUUGAGGCAUGUGCUCCUUAUCCUGUAUCUGAGAAGAUCCUCCAGGAAGCUCACUCCCUGGUUUGCUUCUUAGUGUUCUAUAUUAUACCCUUAGCUGUCAUUUCUGUCUACUAUUUUCUUAUCGCCAGAACUUUAUAUAAAAGCACCUCCAACAUGCCAGCAGAAGAACACGGUCAUGCCCGUAAGCAGAUUGAAUCCCGCAAGAGAGUUGCAAAAACAGUGCUGGUGCUUGUUGCUUUGUUUGCCUUCUGCUGGCUGCCCAACCACAUCCUCUACCUAUACCGCUCUUUCACAUACCACGCUUCUGUCGAUGCUUCCACCUUUCAUCUGAUAGCUACUAUAUUUUCCCGUGCCUUGGCCUUCAGCAAUUCCUGCAUCAAUCCUUUUGCUCUCUAUUGGCUGAGUAAAAGUUUCAGGCAACACUUUAAAAAGCAAGUCUCGUGCUGCAAGGCAAAGCUUCGUUCAAAGCCUCCCAGCGCUACCCACAGUAACACACCGACCAGAGCCCCGUCCAUCACGGGCAGCACGUGUGGCUCAGAAAUCAGUGUGACACUGCUAACAGAUUACAGCAUCACGAAGGAAGAGGAAAGUGUUUAGUCCGUCUGGGAUGAAGGAGGAUAGAAACUGAGCUUUGCAAUCAAGCCCUCACUACUGGGAUCCUGGAAGGAGGUGCCUGGCUAUGACAGAGUUUUCAUCAGGAGUUGGGGUUUUUAAAUGUACAAUAAAGAAAUCAAACUGUGUGGGAGAAGAAGCUGCACCAGCUGAACUUCCCAGCAUAAGCUCAAAGGGAUUGUUCAUGUUCCUAAGCAUGGCCAUGGAUCCCCAGCUGGAAUUCCUGGACUGGGCAGGACAGGAGGCAGCAGAGUUGGUGCAAGAACUGUUUGCGAGGAUGGUUUUGUUCUUGGUGACUUGUUCUUUGACUUGUGACUGAGAGCUCCCUCUGUCAAGUACUUGCAUCCACAGCAAGCAAGCAAAGCCACCUAUGGUCCUAACACCAACAACCAAGAAGAUUUCUGGUUUAUUUUUGUUGUCCUGAAUGUUAAAAAUUGCUAAACUCAUCAAAAGGCACACUAAAAUGAAAGAAAGCAAAGGUUUGUGGUACGGUGUAGUAAAAGAAGAAUAAGCAUUAUGGGCCAGAUCUACACUAGCCUUUGCUCUGACAGUGCUUUACUUUGUAUCUCUGGAUAAGAACUGACUGCGGUGUAAAGAGAUUCCCUUCUCAGUUCCUAAGGAAGUCAAGGGGACCAGCCAGUGAUCAUCUCUCUGAGAAAGCUAUAAUCAUCUUUAACCAUACUUGUAAUAUUCUUUGCGAUCUAUGGGUAAAGCAUCUCAACAGUGCAGCAUUCUUUAUUGUUCUAGUGAUUUAACAUCAAGAAAUUGGGGUGGAUCUGUAUUAAAGUUCUAUUUGGAUUUACAGUGCACUUCCGAAGCGAACUGCUCAAACAUGCCCUCCUGCCUUACUCUGCUCUGUCUCCCAGAGUCACCUUGAGUGCACAACCUGGAUUUCCCUCAGAUGAAACUGUGUCCACAGAACCAGACAAGAGUGAGUUUGAGGUAAAGCCCCCAAAAGUGUACAGUGUGUGGGGGUCAGACUAACCAUUCACCUCCACAGAUCCACUCCUGCUGUAGUGUAUGUGGUCAUAUCUAAGUGAUCUGCACAUUUUCAAGCAUGCUGGGAGGGCUGGAUUUUUCUAUUGUACUGAUUUUCUAUUCUUCAAGUUGUUCAAGCAGGAUCCCUUUUUCAUAUUAGGACAGACUGUCUUUAUGAGAUAGGUUUUCUAAUCCCAAAUCCACUCAUGUUAUGGCUCUGCACGCAGAGGCAAGUCAGUGAGAGCCUAUCAUGGGCAGCCUGUGCACCCCUAAAAAGCUCAGCAGUGCUGCUGGCACGGACUGUCUUCCCAUCAGGGAAUACAGGAGGCAAGAAUUCCCACCCCCCAUUACAAAAAACAUUAACUAACACUUAUUUUUAUGGAUUUUGUGUACCCUGAACCAAAAUGUUGCUCUGUGAGUGUUGGUGGUAGAAAACCCAAUAGAUUUUCCAUUGCUUAAACUCAGGAACUUAUAUCUCAAACCAAGAAUUUGUGCAUUAAGGUAUAGAAGAGAGGCUGCAACAUAGGAAUAAAAACAAAAUAGUGCUGGGAGUUAAAGAAGUUUCAAUUUUAACUAACCCUUGAAGACACAAAAGCCCUCCAGCUGCACAGAGCCUCCAACACACGGCUGGAAACCCAUCCAGCCAUGCCUCAGGAUUUGAGUUCAUUGCAGGAGGAGAAAACAUAUUUGCAGUCUCUCUCUGUUGACUGCCCUAAUCAGAAUAAUAAGCCCAAACUAUAAAUCCCAAGGGCAUUGGAAUUCAACCUCUGUCAUCAUCUUAAAGAAGUUUCAUGACAGUCCACUUUAAUCUCAUCAGGCCUGGCCUUAUUUUACUACGCUUUUCAUGUUACAAGCUGCAAGGCUACGAGCACUAGUUUUUAAAUGGAUUCUCCCUUUUCUUGACCACUGGAAUGGAAAUAGAACAGCACAGAAACACAGUUCAUGGUUAAACAGACUCAGGAUACCUUAUUUUACUUUCUUUGUCUUAAUAUAACACAUUCUCUGGUAGUGAGCUAUGUACAAACACAGCAAACAUAACGCAGUGGUCUCUUCCCUUUCUCUUUUUGUCUUAAUGGGGCUGCAGGGUGAGACUGAAAUAAGGAAACAAGCCUAAACACUUCUGAACCUACGUCUAUCUUCCUGGGUCUUCCUAUAGGGAAUUCUAAACAGAAGAAAAAUCAACCACCAUUACAGUCCUUUUAUUCUAGCUUCUUACAGCCUGUGGAAAACAAACCUGCCACAUGUUCCUGGACUUCACAGUUUAGCUCUGUUGGAGACCAAACUUCCCACUGUAAAAUCCUUGGCUACACCUCACGGUAGCCUUUAAACCCCCCAGUUUCCUAAUUCACCACUCUAGGUUUGCAUGCAGCUACUUUUUGCUUGUCCUCUAAGCGGUUAGCCUAUCUAUUGCUAAUAGCUCUUGUUACAAAGCUGAUGUUCCUGCUAGAGGCUGCACAUGUUUUGGUUAAAGACUGGCAAUAUUUCAAGCCAGAAGUUAACUAUGCUGUAUACUUUAUGCUUUUAUAAUUCUGUACACUCAAAUGACAUGUACUGGAGUGAUAUUCUGGUCAACAUUUAUUUUUAGCUAAACAACCUGGUAUGAUUCAUUCCAUCUAUUCCCCCAAUAUAAUAGCCAUAAAAUGUCUCCACGUUACCAUAACUGGAUUUAGGGGAAAAGAGCUGUUUCCUUUGCAAUCUUUCUCAGUGUUCCAAACCCCAGUUCUUCUACCCCUAGGUAAUACGAGUGUAAUUCCAUAAGAGCAUAUGGGAAUAAUAUCCAUUUACAGAAAUAUUGAGUGUUAUUUAGCAAAGAACUGGCACGAAUAAUUAGUGUUUUACUAUUUAUAUCCACAACGAAAGACUAGGUAGAAAAAAAGGCACAAACUACUGAAAGCCAAGAUUCCAUCAAAGGUCUCGUUCAUGGGGAGUCUUAAGGAGUGAGUAAACAUGAUUUCUAGGAUGUACCUUUCUUAUAGUUUCUUUUGUGGAUGAGACAUACACAUUAAGAGCUUGUGUUAAUGUAACACAAUUAACAUUCACCUUAGCAGCAGCUUUAGUAUCAGUACUUUAAUUUGUGCUCACUAUUAAAGCUCGCCCUCCUGCACUCAUAGGAAGUACUGCUUUAUUUUACACAGUUCAAUGAGGCUUGCCUGCUGACACACUCGUGUGUUUCUGCUAUAAACCUCAAGAAUAAGCUAAAGUUACACAUAGCUACAGCACUUACCUAUUUCAAUCAAUCAGUGUUACUUCCAAUUAAGGCUCUAAUCAGCGUUAGAUCAUGGGUUCUGCCACAGAUGGUCCCCUCAGUGCAAGGUGAACCUAUUUGUGGAAUUUCCUUUGUCAGCAUAGGGAAGGGCAUUGAAUUUUUGGCACAUCUGGGUCUGGUGCUGUCUUUCUUCACACUGUGAAGACUCCUCUUCACUCUCACUGAUCUGUGUAACAGCUACAGGCUCCAGCCCCAUGGAAACCCAAAAGAAGAGUUACAAAGAAGAGGAGUAACCUCUCUGUACUUAAUCACUGGUUACUGCCUCCUUAGUUUAACAUAACAAAGCAAUGUAAGGAAAGAGUGCUAACUCUUUACCUAAUUAUUACCUAGUGAAUUGCUGGUUCCCCUCUAAUAGCAAAACACCACUUUAUGAAAAGCAGGAUUGUUACCUGCAGUAGGUGGUACUUCUAGACCAACAAUCAGCUCUGAUAAACCUCUUGUCACAGUCAGACACAGAUAAAAGUCUUCGUGCUAAUGUUUCCUUUUAAUAUUCACUUUCAGACGUUUUAUCAGGAUUUAAAACGCCAUUUCUUGACAGCUUAGCCCGAUGUGAGCUGUGUAACAUUUGAGCUCUUCACACCAUCCCCACAACACGCAGCUUGCAGCAGCAAUGCUUGUGCAGCCAUGAAUUAUGCCGUGUCAAGGAUGCGAUUGAAAGGAAAGCUGUCCUGACCAACAAAAACGAUGAGUUCCCAGCCGAAUCAGCUCCCUGAGCUGGGUCACUGAAGAGGAAGAGAACAGAUGGUGGUGACACGGUAAGAAGCUGUGCUGCAGGAGCUGCCAUCGCGCGUGCUGUUAUCUGUGGAAGGUGUGAGGGGAUCUGAGGCAGUUUGUCCUCAUCGCUACGCUGAAGUGUGCAGAGCAGGUUUACCAUGCACCAACCCUGCUGCACACAAGCAAGCUCCCACUUCCAUCGGAUUGAGACUAAAACUGGAACCUGAGACUAAAACUGGAUCUCCUGUUUCCCAGGACAGUGCCCUAGUGCACACUAGGGAAAUCUGUACUAUGUGCACAGACAUCACUGCAUUUACUCAGGUUAUUGAUGCCAAAAACCCUGCCAAAAACAAAUAAGCAGUUUCAGACUUAAAUUGCAUCGCUCUUACAAUGUUUAAGGCUGCGAUUAUCUUAAUUCCAAAAUAUACCCAACUGCAAUUUUUAUAAGUAAGCACAGUUUAUGUUAAGACUCUCAUACUCCUCACCAAAACCCAGUACCUAUUUGAGAGCUAAUGCAAACGCCUCUGAAGCUGUCAGUUUAUAAGUGAUCACAAAACAAUCUUUGGACAACUAUCGUAAUAGCCCUGCCAAGACAAAACUCUUGAAGCAUGAAAGAUGCCAUUAACUAGGAUGGAUGUUGUUUGUGCAACAGCCAAAGGUUCCUACAAGUCUAUAUUUAUAUCCCCAGCAAUUCCACCUGAUGGUCUGUUGAGCAGGCAGUUAGCUGAUGUUGGUCUCUCCUUACAAAGCUCAGCACUGUGCUUUUGACUUUAUGAUCAUUCCAAUCUGUGUGACAAUUACGAUACAUUCGUUCCUGGAAUACUCAUUUCCAGAAAGCUUCUGGACUGAAGGCAAUUUUCAUUUCUGAGUGGCAAAAUUGCUUUGCCACUGGUAACCAGCCUCAGCCAGCUUAGCUGUUCAUUUAGAAUACGUGCACUGUUUUAAUACCUGGGGUUUAUAGCUCUACGUUCAAUUUUGCAAAGCAAAGCCUAAGCAGUGUGCUUCUUCGCCUUCUGAAUAAAAAUACUUUGAAAUACA